AUGCAACGCCUGGUGGCCUGGGACGCAGCAUGCCUCCCCAUCCAGCCGCCCGCCUUUAAAUCCAUGGAAGUGGCUAAUUUCUAUUACGAGGCGGACUGUCUGGCUGCUCUCAACAAGCUGCACCCGCGGGCGGCCGCGGGCCGCUCCAUGACCGAGCUCACCGUAGGGGACCACGAGCGAGCCAUCGACUUCAGCCCCUACCUGGACCCCCUCGCAUCCCAGCAGCCGGCGCAGCCGCCGCCUCCCGCGGCAGCAGCAGGGGGCAACUUUGAGCCUCCCUGCAGCAGCGGCGGCGGCCAAGAUUUCCUCUCCGAUCUCUUCGCCGAGGACUAUAAAGGCAGCGGCGGCGGCAAGAAGCCCGACUACACCUACAUCAGCCUCGCCCGGCACAGCCACCCCUGCGCCAGCCAGAGCCACAAGCCGGGGGGGCUGCCGGGCUGCUUCCCGCCCCAGAGCGUGGAAACCAAAGCGGAGCCGGUCUUCGAGACCCUGGACUCCUGCAAAGGGCCCCGUAAGGAAGAAGGGGGGGCCGGGCCGGGACCGGGGGGCAUGUCCUCUCCCUACGGCAGCACCGUGCGCUCCUACCUGGGCUACCAGUCGGUGCCGAGCGGCAGCAGCGGGAACCUGUCCACCUCGUCCUCCUCCAGCCCCCCCGGCACCCCCAACCCCUCCGAGUCCUCCAAGUCGGCCGCCGCCGGCGGGGGCUACUCCGCCCCCGCGGCGGGCAAGAACAAGCCCAAGAAGUGCGUGGACAAGCACAGCGACGAGUACAAGCUGCGCCGGGAGAGGAACAACAUCGCGGUGCGCAAGAGCCGCGACAAAGCGAAAAUGCGCAACCUGGAGACGCAGCACAAAGUCUUGGAACUGACGGCCGAGAACGAGCGGCUGCAGAAGAAGGUGGAGCAGCUCUCCCGGGAGCUGAGCACCCUCAGGAACUUGUUCAAACAGCUGCCCGAGCCCCUGCUCGCCUCCUCGCCUCGCUGCUGA